GCUCCGAGGGCGCAUGAGCGAGGUGCGCACCGGGAUACGGGGACGCGAGUGUCGGGAGCCGCUCCGAGGCCUCCGGAGCAGCCUCCAGCCCCGCACAGGCCCGCACCCGCAGGACUGCCUCUGAAUCACAGUCCAGAAAGAAGAAACACUCGUGUGGAUUUAAGCUGAACAUUUGUCUCUGAGAUUAAGAACAAAGCCAUGCCAGUGCUUUCUGAAGACUCAGGAUUGCAUGAAACUUUGGCCCUUUUGACAUCUCAGCUAAGACCUGACUCAAAUCAUAAAGAGGAAAUGGGAUUCCUUAGGGAUGUCUUCAGUGAAAGGAGUCUCAGCUACCUAAUGAAGAUUCAUGAAAAGCUCCGUCAUUAUGAAAGACAGAGUCCAACUCCUGUUUUACACAGUGCAGCAGGAUUAGUUGAAGAUGUAAUAGAGGAGUUGCAGACUGCACCAGUGAAUAACGAAGAAAAAGAGCUGCUUCAGCUGCUGUCAACACCUCAUCUCAGGGCAAUGCUUGUAGUACAUGACACUGUAGCACAGAAGAACUUUGAUCCAGUCCUUCCACCUCUACCUGAUAACUUUGAUGAUGAUUUUGAUGAAGAAUCAGUGAAAAUUGUUCGGCUAGUGAAAAAUAAAGAACCCUUGGGAGCCACCAUCAGAAGAGAUGAGCACACAGGAGCUGUGGUUGUAGCAAGGAUCAUGAGAGGUGGUGCAGCUGAUCGCAGUGGUCUUGUCCAUGUUGGAGAUGAACUAAGAGAAGUCAAUGGUAUUACUGUGCUUCACAAACGACCGGAAGAAAUAAGUCAGAUUUUGGCUCAGUCUCAGGGGUCAAUCACAUUAAAAAUAAUUCCAGCCGUCAAAGAAGAAGAUCGUCUAAAAGACAGCAAGGUGUUUAUGAGGGCCCUUUUCUGCUAUAACCCCAAAGAAGACAGAGCCAUCCCUUGCCAGGAGGCCGGGCUGCCCUUUAAGAGGCGACACGUCCUGGAAGUUGUGAGCCAAGAUGAUCCCACGUGGUGGCAAGCCAAACGUGUUGGAGACACCAACCUCAGAGCAGGCUUGAUCCCCUCAAAGCAGUUCCAAGAAAGACGACUGACUUACAGAAGAACAAUUGGCACUCUGCAGAAUGCCAGAACUCUGAAGAAACCAUUAUAUGAUCAGUCCUCUGACAAAGACAGUAACUUGGAGCUUGAAAAUGUGAAUAAGUGGAGACAUGUCUUAAAAUCUCUUUUGUUUUCCUGCACAGCCGGUUUGCGCAGGAGCUUCCGAUUGAGUCGUAAAGAGAAGGAGAACAACGUGAAUGAAGGAAAGCAAGCAGAGCAGGCAGAUGGAGCAGAGUUCCUGACAUAUGAAGAAGUCACAAAAUAUCAGCAACAGCCUGGUGAACAGCAAAGGCUGGUGGUUUUGAUUGGUUGCUUGGGGGCCAAAUUAAGUGAGCUCAAGCAGAAGGUUGUGUCAGAGAACCCACAGGAGUAUGGGGUUGCAGUUCCACAUACAACCAGGUCAAAGAAAAGUCACGAGAAGGAGGGAGUAGAAUACAAUUUUGUCUCUAAGCAAUCAUUCGAGACAGAUGUGCAGCUAAACAAAUUUGUGGAACAUGGAGAAUACAAAGAAAACUUAUAUGGUACCAGCCUGGAGGCAAUCCGAUCUGUGAUGGCCAAGAAGAAGGUUUGUUUGGUGGAUGUGGUACCUGAAGCAGUAAAGCACUUGAGGACUCCUGAGUUUAAGCCUUAUGUCAUCUUUGUGAAGCCUCUUAUUUCGGAAAAGAAAAAACACGUCCUAAAAUCUCCCAUGUCAGAAGAAAUCUCAGCCCCCCUGGAUGAAGAACAGCAGGAAAUUCUUAAUUCAGCAGCAUUCAUUGAAGAGCAGUAUGGCCAUUUAAUUGACACUGUACUGGUGAAAGAAGAUCUCCAGAGUGCAUGUAAUCAGCUGAAAACUGUGUUAGAGAAGCUAAACAAGGAUUCAUUUUGGGUGCCAGUCAACUGGGUGAGGUCAUAGCUUGUUAUCAUGUUUAAGGGAAAGAUUGUAUAAAAAUGUCUUGUAAAUGAGUGAAUUAGAAAAGGGAAAUAUGUCAAAAUCACUUCAAAACUGCUGGUCUGUCUAAAAGGCAAUAUAUAAAGACUGUAUGAGGAAAAACUAACAAAGUUAAAAGCUGACACUGCCUCCCUGAAUCAAAAUUUUGAAUAGCAGCUGUCAUUUAAAUAAGUCAGUCCAAUCUUUUACUGCUCUUUAGACUGUAAAUAGUGUAUUUUGUACAGUGAGGUUUCACAGAAGGUCCCACAAUUCCAAAGCAUUUUCGUGCUGAGACACUGACCAGGUGGAAUUUUUGUCCUUUGGCCACAACUGUAGCCACAAAAUCAGAAUCAGGUAGUCUUUGGGAACAAGCUCCUUCUUCUGCCCUCUUUCCCAGUCUUUUCCUACUGACACAGGACAAAUGUUAAACAACCCAUGAAUGCACCUGUAUGAUGAGCCAGCUGAUAAAACAGACACUUUUUUUUAGUCUAUGUGAAAGUAACUGCACGUGGUUCUAAAAUACAACAUUUAAGCCGCCCGUUUUCUACAAGACAUCUUUGGAAGUGCUACCUGAUGGGAUCCAGUCUUGACACCAAUGUAGCAACUCCUAAAAGGAGGAGGCUGAAGGACAAAGUAGCUGAGCUACAGGUGGAAAUCAUCAUCCCUGCAGCAUUUGUGGCUGCCUUUGCUCCAAAUCUGGUAAAAGCUUCCAGAGCAUCUAAUUGGCCUGAAGAAAUCUUAACUGGUAGAGGACCUUGUAUACAUAUUUCAGGAGACUUGAAUAUACAAUAUUAUUAGAUAGGUCUUAAUAAGAAAAUGCAGAGAUGAUUCUGGAAGUACCUGUGCUCUGUAAUUAUUUGGGGGGUGGAGGGAGAAUAUUGUACAGGUGCAUGUUAGCUGUAACUAGUUCCUGGUUUUGCUUGCCUGCUGUGCUCUAAUAUUUUCUGUGUACUGUGCUCUUUAAACGACCUUUUGGUGCACCAGUCUUGUUCCUUGCAUCUUGACAGUAUGAUGUUAUUCUUGUUCCAUGACAUUUAGCAGAACUAAACAAUGCAUAUUAAAAGCACAUUUCUUACA